AUAAGGCGAAAGAAAAAUAAAAAUAAAAACAAAAACAAAAUUAGUUUCAUAUCCUUUACCAAUCACCAAUUCACCAUUGCCGUCGUCUUGACUUUCCUUCCAAGCCAAAAACCCUAACCCCUAAAACCCCUACAUUUCUCAAAAUCCCUUCCACCUUCGUUUCCCUCCUCUCACACAUAUCCAUGUCUUCAUAUUAUCAAAUGAUACAUAUAACUCAGUUAGCAUUUCUCUGAGAAAAUCCCGCAUCAAUUUACACUACAACAAUAAAUGUUUAAAGUUUCUAAAAUGAAGUCACUCCUCGCUCUCAGUCCAUCUUUCUCCAAUUCCGCCGCUGCCGCAGCUUCUCUCAACCUCUACUUUUUUUCAAGACCCUCCACUCUUCUUCGGACAAAAACCAAGAUUAACCCCUUGAAAAACCCUACUUUUUUUCCGGCCAUAUUUUCGGUCAAUUCACACGCUAAUUAUACAAAACCAUAUAGUAGUAGUCAAAGUCAGGGCUUGUGCACGGAUGGCCGUGCAUCGGGGGAGAUUCAUGUAAUUGUGGGACCCAUGUUCGCUGGGAAGACCACCACCCUUCUUAAGAGAAUGAAGUCAGAGAGCAGUAAUGGCAGAAGUGUAGCCAUAAUAAAAUCGAACAAAGACAAUAGGUACGGGUUAGAUUCUAUUGUGACACAUGAUGGAGAAAAGUUGCCAUGCUUGCCUGUAGCAGAUCUCUCCUCAGUUCGAGAAAAGCUGGGUGCUGAGUUAUAUGAUAAGCUAGAGGUGAUUGGUAUCGAUGAAGCUCAGUUUUUUGAAGACUUGUACGAUUUCUGCUGCAAAGCUGCCGAUCAUGAUGGAAAGACUGUAAUAAUAGCCGGUUUGGAUGGUGAUUACUUGAGAAGGCGCUUCGGUUCAGUACUUGAUGUGAUUCCCAUUGCCGAUUCUGUUACCAAACUGAGUGCCCGGUGCGAGGUUUGUGGUAAACGGGCGUUGUUUACAUUGAGGAAGACAGAUGAGACGGAAACAGAAGUUAUUGCUGGGGCAGAAGUGUAUAUGCCUGUGUGCCGCAACCACUAUGUAAGCGGACAAGUGGUUAAAGAGGCUACCAAAGCUGUGCUCGAGUCUCGCAAUCUCAAGAUUAGCUCCCUUUUAUAGGGAUAUCUGCCUCUGCCUCUGCCUGUAUUAUUAUGGGAUCUUGUAGCUCUGUAUAACUUUUUUCGGUUGUGUUAUAUUCUAUCAUUAGCUUGUGAUUUAUUGUUGUCUCCAGCUUACUUUGAGCUUUCCACCGUUCUAAUCGUUGUAGAAAAAGAUUUAGAUUUGCAACCACGCAAAUGGGAAUACACAAAAUUACCCAUCUUUGUAAAAGUGUAUCAAAACUACCAACGUUUAAAAAUCUACACUACUUACUCGUUUA